UAUAGAUAAUUACUUAUUUUUGGGAUUAGCCAAACACUCUUUCUCCUCUAAAUUCCCUCCGUAGCUUAAGCGUAACUGUCAGAAAAGCACCAACAAAUACUGACUUUUCUUGAUAGUAAUCAAAAUCGUAGACAUGAACUCAACGAAGAUGCGCAGGAAGGUGGUUCCAGCGCCGGAGAAUGGAGAUACUGGGGACAAGCAGGAUCAGCUUCUUCUCUCGGCUGCCAUCUGUAACGGUGAGGACCUCGGUCCCUUUAUCCGCAAAGCUUUCGCCUCCGGCAAGCCGGAGAUGCUCCUCCGCCACCUCGAGCACUUCCGUCGAUACAAGGAGUCGGAGAUUGAAGAUGUUUGUCGGGCUCACUAUCAGGAUUUCAUUAUGGCUGUUGAUGACCUCCGAUCUCUCCUCUCCGACGUUGAUUCUCUUAAGUCCUCCCUUUAUGACUCUAACGCCAAGCUCCAAUCCGUCGCUGUUCCUCUUUUGACUUCGCUUGAUUCAUUUGUCGAAGCCAGAAGUAAGUGCAGAAACAUCGCUCUCGCUAUACGAUCCCUUAACAUUUGUGUUCAGUUGAUGGAACUUUGCUCGCGAGCGAAUUUUCACCUAAGUAAAAGCAAUUUCUACAUGGCCUUGAAGUGUCUGGACUCAAUUGAGAGGGAUUUUCUGGACAAAACGCCGUCGUCUAGUUUGAGGAGAAUGAUGGAGAAGCAGAUCCCUGCGAUCCGGACUCACAUAGAGAGAAAGGUCAGCAAGGAAUUUGGGGAUUGGCUGGUGGAGAUCCGUGUAGUGAGUCGGAACUUGGGUCAGCUAGCCAUUGGGCAAGCCUCCGCUGCACGCCAGAGGGAAGAGGAACUGAGAAUCAAGCAGCGCCAAGCCGAGGAGCAGAGCAGACUAAGCUUAAGAGACUGCGUAUAUGCUCUUGAAGAAGAUGAUGAUGUAAAUGGUGGAAUGGAAGAAUCCGGCGAGGACGGCUUUGAUUUGAUACCUUUAUAUAGGGCUUAUCAUGUACAUCAGACUCUUGGUCUCGAGGGUAGGUUCCAGAAAUAUUAUUUUGAGAACCGAAAGCUUCAAUUAACUUCGGAUUUUCAGGUAUCUUCAAUGACCCCCUUUCUGGAGUCGCAUCAGACUUUUUUUGCACAAAUUGCUGGGUUUUUUAUAGUGGAGGACCGGGUACUCAGGACUGGAGGAGGGUUGAUAUCGAAAAUGGAGGUGGAAAAUCUGUGGGACACUGCUGUGAGUAAAAUGUGUUCAGUGUUAGAGGACCAGUUUUCUAGGAUGUACACUGCUAAUCAUUUGUUAUUGAUCAAAGAUUAUGUGAGUUUGCUUGGUGUCACAAUGCGUAGAUAUGGGUUCCCUAUUGAU